ACAAUGUUUACUUCCAAAAGCAGGUCUGUAAGUUACUAUGGUUUUGUUGACAAACCUAGCCACUUUGUUGGCUUUGCCUUUGUAUUCUUCUGCCUUCUUUUUAAACCUCAACCAGCUUGGAAAAGAUUUUGAGAAGAAGUACAACCUCGGAUUCUUAACGGAUUACUUCAAAUUUCCAAUUUACGUCAACCCACAUCCAAACUGCGCACUGGAGGAUGAGGGGUGUAUCAUGGACACAAACUGCUGUGGAGGGCUGGAGUGUAAGAUGGUGGUGGACAAGGAGGGUUUGAAGAACACCUGUCAAGCCAGAGUGGGAGAUCCUGAACAAGACACAGAGACAAUGUCAAGAGAGGAAGAUAACCAAGACUGGCAAACUCUACAGGAGUCUGAAGAUGACAAUAGUCUCUUGGCGGAGAUAUACAAGACUAGACUGGAGGAACUUAACCAAGAGGAGAAGAGACUUAUCAAUGAUCAGUACUACUUGAUUAAGGAACUGCAGAAGCCAUUAUCUUUGGACGAGAUUAGAGAGCUAACACAAAUCAAAGAAGUAGAAGAUUACAAACGACAAGGUGAAUUAAAGGAUCUUCGUCAGUGGAUGAAUAGUAAAAAGGCAAAGGAGGAACAAGAAAGGGCGAAUGAAAAUAAAUUAAAGGAUCUUGCCGUUGAAAGAGUUGCAAAGGUUUUAAGAGAGGAAGAACAACAGAAAUUACAAAUGUUUAAGGAAAUUCAGGAGCAAAUGAAAAGGAAGAAGUCGUGGUUUUAAAGCAAAAAGGGCCUUUCACUUAUCUGGGAGUUGCUCGACAUUUUAGGAACUCACGUAAAACAUUAUGUGACUAAGAAGACGUCCUGUUUCGAAUACCUUUGUAGGUAACUUAUUUAAAAAAUAAGUACCGUUA